GUGUGCUUCGCUUGGCUCAGCUGUGUGUCUACUCUCGUGAUCUUAUUGGGUAGUAGCGGGGUUUCUCUGCGAUGAUGUCAGCGGUAUGAUUGGGUAGGUUUUAGGUAGAGGACCAGUAGCGUAGGAAGACACAUUAUAGGUCUUUUACGGCCCAGGAAAGGUUUAUUGUAGUUCCUCUAAGAAAUAUUGAAGCCGUGGCCUACUCUGACUCAAUUGCAUUGAAUGGACAAGACUUUGUUUACCCGUACUGCUGGUGCAUGGAUAUUUAUUAACUGUUAAAGUGACACAAACCAUGAACUACGUUGGGCAGCUUGCCGGUCAGGUGUUUGUCCAGGUGAAGGAGCUGUAUAGAGGACUAAAUCCUGCAACACUAUCAGGAUGCAUUGAUAUCAUUGUGGUGCGUCAGCCAGACGGGACUCUCCAGUGCUCUCCGUUCCACGUCCGGUUUGGGAAAAUGGGGGUGCUGAGGUCACGGGAGAAAGUGGUGGACAUAGAAAUUAAUGGGGAACCUGUGAGCUUGCAUAUGAAGCUUGGAGAAAAUGGGGAAGCCUUCUUCGUUCAGGAGACAGGGGAUGAUAAGGAGAUUAUCCCCUCAUACCUUGCUACCUCCCCCAUCCUGUCAGACAGGGCCGUCCUCAUGGAAGCACAGAUGAAGAAGAAUUCGGUGGAGAGGCACAGAAGCUCUGUCCCCAGUGCAUCUUCUCAAUCACUGAUCUCCAUUCACGUGUCCCAGACUGGAGCAGACUGCCAGCCAGGCAUCGGCUCUGUGAAGAAAAGACGGAAGAAACGACGAAAGCCAAAGCUCGACAGCAUGAAGAGAGAGGACAGUGGAGAUCACUCUGAAGAUGAAGACAUGUUUCCUAUUGACAUGAGCUCUGACGAGGAAGCUGAGCUGGCAGACAGUGUCAGGGUAUCGGCACGGGAUACCUACAGUGAUGAAAAAACAUCGAGCAGUAAUUACACACAGAGCACAGUGCACGCUCGUUCAGGUGGAGAAUGGUCACCUAUUCAAAGCAAGACCAUAGAGUGCAAAGGUCCAUCCUGUGCUUUACAUGUCCCUGGCAGUGGAGGCUUGUCUGUCUCUUGCCCUCAGCAAUCUUCUUUCUUCCAGUCUUCAGACAGCCCUGGUGGAUCCCGCCCUUCAACCCCCAAAAGUGACUCGGAGCUGGUCAAGCCUUCAGACAAAGUGAAGCAGAACAACCCAGAGAUGCUCUGGGCCUGGGGAGAGCUACCUCAUGCUGCAAAGCCUUCGUUCACACAGAAGUCAGAGCUGUCCACUGUGGUAAACAUACCUGUUUCAACAAGCACUCACUUUCGGGUGAUUUCCAGUGAUUCGACCUCAGAGGCCCACCUGAGUGUUUCACCCUCCCCUCCACUCUUUGAACCAGUGGCUUCAGAGCACGAACCCCAGGCUGACACAGGAUUUAACGUCAGGCCUGAUUUUGAGAUGCUAGGAGCAACUGCACCGUUAUUAUCAGAGAAUGGGGAUCAAUGCCAGGCUGAGUUACGGCCAGUCAGUAAAACAGAUUCCCCUUCUAAAAAGAAAGAUAAGAGAAGUCAACAUCUAGGAGCGGAUGGUAUUUAUUUGGAUGACAUCACCGAGUUGGAACCUGAAGUUGCAGCUUUGUAUUUUCCAAAAAGUGAAACCAGCAAUCCUGGUAAGGGCUGCCCCGACAGUGAAACCAGGUCAGCAAACCAGUCCCCCCAGUCUGUCAGCUCUGGAGUGGACAGCGGGGUCGACAGCUUCUCAGACCAAAUCGGAGAUCUACCGUCCAUUGCCAUUUCCCUCUGCGGUGGACUAACUGACAACAAGGAGAUAACGAGAGAACUGUUUCAAGAAAAAUCUGUUUCGUAUCAGCAUUUUGUUGAGAACCCGUCAAUCAUUGAUGACCCAAAUCUGGUGGUGAAAAUUGGAAGCAAGUAUUAUAACUGGGCAACUGCUGCACCUCUGAUGGUAGCCAUGCAGGUAUUCCAGAAACCUCUUCCAAAGGCCACUGUGGAAAACAUCAUGAAGGAGAAGAUGCCCAAGAAAGGGGGCAGGUGGUGGUUUUCGUGGCGUGGGAGAAACAGCACUGUCAAAGAGGAAUCCACAUCAGAACCAGGAGGCAGUAUGUCAGGAUCUAUAGGAGGAGAGGAGUCUGGGAAAAUGAGUUCUUCAAACAGGUUGAAAGACGAGUCUUCUUCCAGUGAUGAAGACACCCGUGCCUCCAAGCUGAGCUCCAGCGCCUUACUGCAGGAGGCCCCCAUGUUCUCCUCUUCAAGUGUUUUAUACAGGAAAACUCUCCGGCUCACCUCCGAGCAGCUGGGAAGCCUCCAGCUGAAGAAUGGCCCCAACGACGUGGUGUUCAGUGUUACAACACAGUACCAGGGCACAUGUCGCUGCGAAGGAACCAUCUACCUGUGGAACUGGGAUGAUAAAAUUGUCAUCUCGGAUAUUGAUGGAACCAUUACCAGGUCUGACACACUGGGUCACAUACUGCCUACCCUUGGCAAGGACUGGACUCAUCAGGGCAUUGCCCGGCUUUAUCACAAAGUUAGCCAAAAUGGCUACAAGUUCCUGUACUGUUCAGCCCGUGCUAUUGGAAUGGCAGACAUGACAAGAGGGUACCUGCACUGGGUUAAUGAAAGGGGAACUAUGCUACCUCAGGGGCCUGUACUGCUGAGCCCAAGCAGCUUGUUCUCAGCACUGCACAGGGAAGUGAUAGAAAAGAAACCAGAGAAGUUUAAGAUUCAGUGUCUGACAGACAUAAAAAAUCUCUUUCAUCCAAACAUUGAGCCUUUCUAUGCUGCUUUUGGAAACAGACCUACAGAUGUGCAUUCAUAUAAGGAAGUAGGAGUUGCUUUGAACAGAAUCUUUACAGUUAACCCAAAAGGAGAACUGAUACAAGAACAUGCAAAGACUAACAUAUCCUCUUACGUGAGACUUGGUGAAAUCGUGGAUCAUGUGUUUCCACUGCUGACACGAGGAGAUUCCUCAGACUUCCCCUGUUCUGACACCUACAGUCAGUUCACCUACUGGAGAGAGCUACUGCCGUCUGUGGAAAACCCUGGUGUCCGUGUAGAAUCCAGUUAAACGUUAGAACCAGAUGUUGAAUGAUUGCUUCUGUAACGGGCAGUGUUGUGUAAUACACUACCGUUAUGGAUUCCGUCCCCUGUCGGUGAGAUGAGAUGAGGUUAAACUCUCUUUGCAUUGUGGUUAAGACGCUUGCUUGCGGUGUGUGAUGUUCGAGGUUUGCCCCCAGCUACCACCCUGUUAUACUUCAAAAGUUUAUUUAUUUAUUUUAUACCUAAAUAACAUUUGUGCAUUUUAAACCUACUUUAUGUGCAUACUAAGUUUAAUUAAUCAAAAUAGUCUUUUUUUGCUACUCUUUUCAUUUGUUUUUAACAUUUUUUUUUAUAGCUCAGAAUUUUUUUUUUCUUUAAUGCUGAUGUUAUAUGUUUUUAAAAGGGGAUAGGCACAUAUCAGCAAAGCAAAGUCACCUUUGCUUAAUACUGAAGCUUUUAAUCUUCAUUACAGCUUGUAAAAAAUAAUUCAAUAAUGAAGAAAGGUUGUUACCCUUACAGCCAAAUAAAGCUACACCCUGGUGAGAACCCUUUUAUCAUGAGACUAAAUCAUUACAGUGUGCUACUUCUCUUUGUUUCUAAGAAAAUAAGAACAACAUCCCAGCACAGCAGAUUAAAUACAUCCGUGAAUGUAUCACUAGCUUCUUCAGGGCAGAAUAUGGGGACAUUGAAUUCCCCUGUGGAUUGUAAUUUGAACAACAACAUGCAAAUAUGUGACCACCAUUAUUCCACAAGCUCUUUUCAUCUUGGUACGUUUUAAAGCUUCAGUAACUCUGCAUGCCGAUAGCCAUGUGCACUCAGCCUUGACUGAACUGAAAAAUAAAUAGGCACUGUAAAGGUUGAUAUGAAGUGACAAGCUAGGUAACCCAGGCAACAGAUGAACUAGAAGUUUACACCACAUGACUUGUUGAUCAAAACUUUGCAAAGGAUUUUCUGCUUUGAAUAAUUGCAUGUUUUGUUAACAUUUUAGACCACAGAUCAACUAUUUGAGUUGGCAUUGUUUCAAUACAGGCACUGUAUGCCUGACAAGCUAUCUUUCGGUUUAGUUUUGUGAAGUAACAAAGCUAAACUGAUAAAUAAUCUCCUUUCCUACAUCUGUCUCUUUCCUACAUCCACACAAUAUUCAAAUAUUAACAUCUAUGGAUCUGAGUUUAUAGUAGAUAUCAUCCCACUAUACACAAAAUGGGUUUCAGUGAUUUUAACUAAUUACAAUAAUACAUUAUGUAUGGCAACCAAUUACAGUGAUGUAUAUGGUCAUAUAAUGUGGUGUAUAAACCAAGUCUCUGUUGGCAUUUACAGUAAGGUCUGAAACGUCACCUUCUGAGGUUUUUUUUUUUUUUUUUUUUUUUUUCCCCAAAACCAUAAAUUAUACUAAAUGUAAAGUGUGAUCAGGUUGUGGUGUAAACCUCUAUUCAUAUAGAUUCUUAAAUCUGUGAAAGCGUUCCUAGAAUGUUACUGUACGAUGCUUCAGGAUGAUAAGAUAAAAAAGGGAGGUUUACUUGAGAUGUGUUAAUGAUAAAGUUACUGUAUGUAGACAUGCAGUUAAUCAAAGGUAUAGUUACUUUGUGUAAAUAAUAUGUUAAAGUCUAGUGUUAUUUUGAGAACCUGCUACAAAUGUAUAGAAACAUAAAUAAACUCAAUUAUCCUUAAUCUCAAUAUAUUGUCUGAAUAAUGGCUGGGAGUAGCUAGAAUGCAAAAUGCCUAUUCUUUCUGUGAAAGAUACAGUGUUAUGAUCUGCUUUUUACUGCUGCUUAUGGUUGUCAUUAAAUGACAUCUUUAUUUUUUUUUUUUACUUAUGUAUGUAUAUAACAGAAUCCAAUUGUAAUGAAUGUGUGCAGUGUAAUGUCAUUUAUAUAUGGCUGUCAUUGUAAUAAAUGCUCAGAAUAUUCAAA